GAAUCUAGAUGUACGACGGUUCUAUUCCAUCCAUCCCUUUGGCAUUGAAAUUCUUGUUGAUUGUAUUCGGGUUACUUUGUGAUAGUUUCUUUAUUUAUUUUAGUGUGGUUACGUUAAUAACUUCCAUGGCCAUUAGUGUUAUAGAGUGUUUGGGUGACUGAAAGUGUUUAAUAGUGUAAUCUUCUCUAAAAUAGUGCACUUUAUGAAGUUGCUACAAUAUUUUCAAAAUGGAGGAGACAAAUGAUAGUAAUGGUAAAAAUACAAUUAAACAAAUGAAAUCUGUUGAAAUAAGUGACCUUGACGAGGAAAAUCCGAAAGCUGAUGUUCCAGUUGCGGAAACAAAGAUUUGUUUGGUUGGAGCUGCUAAUUCAGAUCCUGAAGUUGUAAAAUCAGCCGAGGUAUUUGGAGUUGAAGUGAUCACAUCAGAAGAUGGUUCUCUCUGCCACAGUUCCCUCCCUCUCUCUACCAUAUUCGUCCUCAAUGAAUUCGAGGGCUCAGUGUUCGAAAAUCUUCAUAAGCUGGGUCACAGGAUACUGGGUACAACAGCGGUGAGAGAACUGGCAGCCAGGAAGGAACCAUUGCCUCAAAACAGCAGGCCUCUAUACAGCCUGGCCAUGUGGGGCCUGAUCGUGUGUUUCACUGGUUUCCGCAAGAAAGAGGAACUGAUGAGGUUGAUACAGAAAAUACACAACAUGGGUGGUAGUAUACGCAAGGAAAUGAACAGCAAGGUGACACAUCUGGUGGCGCAGAGGUGUGGUGGAGAUAAGUACCAGUAUGCUAUGACGUUCCGCGUGCCUGUGGUCUCAGCCAGCUGGGUACAUGACGCUUGGGCCAUGCGAUCUCAGCCAGAUUACUCUGCUGCUGAUGUCACUGUUAUUUCAAACCACAAGUUAAAGCCAUUCCAGGGUGCGAGGGUGUGCUUUUUGGGGUUCCCAGAGGAUGAACAGAGACACAUGGCAGAGGUGUUGGUGCAAAACGGGGGAACACACACGGACCAUGAGGACACCCAAUGCAGUCAUAUGGUGCUGGAUAGUGCUGUAACGUAUGACUUGAUCAAAGCAGGCGCAUGGGUGUCACAGAGCCCUCCCUCAUCCACAACCCUCCCCUCUACGUCCACUCCCCAUGUAGACCACCACGACAAUGUGGACGAACAGAUGGAUGCCUCUCCCAUCCGCCCAAAAGCCACAGCCACAUCCAUGGAUAUAUCUCCGGAACAUCCGUUCCAUAAGGAACUCACUCAAAUAAGAAAUGACAUGUUGAAAACUUCUAGUGAAAUAAUUGGAAAACGGUUAUCACUCACACCAUCAAUGUCCCCAGGAGUCUUGAAUUCUCCUCUUUCCAACAUUAAAAACAAAACUGAUUUAGCUACUAUAAAAGAAUCCUCCCCUUUAACUAUAUCUACAAGGGAAGUUAGCGCAAAAAAGGAGCUAUCAUUCUCUGAUAAUGACGAAUGUGCCUCUCCUAGAUUAGAUACUAAAAGAAGGAAGACAGUAUCUCCUGCUGAACUAAAUCCUGCACGGAAGUUUAAGAAAUCCCCAAAAGAAGGUUUUAAAAAAUUUACACAUUCGUCUUUGAGGAAAUCCUUCAAAAACAAAACUAAUUCUCUGGCACGAUGGAUUUCGAGUAGUGAUGUCUGUACAAAGGCUUCACCUCGUGUGAGUGGCAAGGUGGUUAAGAUGGACAUGCCACCCCCCUCUACUCCUACCAUGCUCCAUCCCUCGACCCCCACUAUUCCUGCAGAUGAUCUGCUCCAUCACUCACCUCCACCCAGACCCUCUCUGGGCUUCAGCACUGGACAAGAGGAUUCUCACCGCAUGCCUAUGGUGGUUGACGAAUCGACAGUGAGUACCCUGCCAGCACAGGCUCCCCACCAGACUUUCAUCGUUAAGGCAGAGUGGUUCUGGGCGUCAGUGCAGAACGAGGGCUGUGUGGACGAGAAAGAUUACCUGUUUGAAGAUUAUCUUGAGAGUCUGCUAAGUCCUUCGCGCCGCACAACGCCAGUCGCUGUGGGCACACGGGCACGCAAGCGCAAGCGGCUGCAGGACGCUGUGGCACGUCUGGCGUCCGGCUCAAGUGUCACCCCCAACACCAACAAGCGGCGCUCAUCAGUCAGUGAUGCUGGUCUGCUCAGUGUCAGUGGUUCUUUUGUUGACUGCACCAGCCCUGGAAACACAUCAAUAACAGGAGAGGUGGAUUCAGUAGCCGGCGACUCUCCGCUGUCACUCAAAAACCUCAGCCCCAGACAUCAGGUGUUCCUGGAACUGGUGCAGACGGAGUUCAACUAUGUUAACACUCUCAACACAAUCAUGACGCUUUACAAAGAGCCACUGGAGAAGAUGUGUGAGACGGAGAACCAACUACUACAUCCGACUGAGGUAAAAAUCAUCUUUGGUCACCUGCCACCCAUCUACCAGACCCACUGUCAGAUGCUGGAGCAGCUCAAAUGGGCGGCCACUCAUUGGACUGAGGACAUCAGUAUCGGCAACAUUAUACUCAAGUUUUCAAGUGACUUAGUGAAGGCGUAUCCUCCAUAUGUCAACUUCUACGAGAACACAAGGGAACUUUUGCUGAAGUGUGAUCAGACGAUGCCCAGGUUCCAUGCAUUCCUCAAGAUCGGCCAGACCAAGCCAGAGUGUGGGCGACAGAGCUUGCUUGACCUGCUUAUCCGGCCAGUACAGAGGCUACCCAGCAUCAAUCUCCUACUUAAUGAUAUCUUGAAACACACAAGUAAGAGUAACCCAGACUACAGUGCACUACAAGCUGCAGCCAGCGCUAUACGAGAGGUGACAACACACAUCAAUGAGGACAAGAGGCGUACUGAAGGACAGAUGGUCAUGUUUGAUAUCUUCAACGACAUUGAAAACUGCCCGCCACACCUGGUGUCGUCUCACCGCAGCUUCAUCACUCGGUGUGACAUCACUGAGCUCAGCGAUGGACUCAGUGGUCGCGGAGAUGCUCUCGCAUUCUUCCUCUUUUCUGAUAUUGUGGAAGUAUGUAAAAAACGUUCAAAAGCUUUCAACUCUCUGAAGAGCCCCAAUACAACAAAACUGAGCAAUGGCAAAUCUUUCAAACAUGUUCGUCUGAUGCCCUUGUCUCACAUCAAGAGGGUGAUCGACAUCACAGAAACAGAAGAAUGUCACAAUGUGUUUGCACUAAUGUGCAAGAGCAACCAGGAGCUGAAGGAGAAGCUUUAUUCUUUCACCAUAACAGAUGAGGGUACGGAUAAGAUGACAUUUCUACGAACACUCUGUCGACAAAUGGCCAACACUGUUUGCAGGCCAGAUGCGGAGAACUUCUUGGCCUCUCUAGAUCCUGAACAGCUUGAUAUUGACACCAGUGAUAUUGGUGUAGGGACACUGAGCAAAGCGUUCAAUAGGAUCGCAUCUCGUACUAGGACAAAGGUGGGAAGGGCUUUCAGUUUCAACAAAACUCCAAGCAAGUUAAAACGAGCCAUGUCAACAAUGAUGAGUCCUUUUGGCAGCACAAGCAACUUGACCCCUGCGUCUCAACUAGCUCAGAUGAGGCUGGCAAGCUGCAAUAACCUUACUGAAUUGGGAAGUGCUACACCAUCGCCUGCACCACAGUAUACAGCCCCUAUGUCAGUUCAGCCAACUCGACGCAACAAACACUCUUCUUUAAGUGUGGCAUCACUGCGCCGGUUAUGACAUAUUUAUUGACCCACGUUUAAAAACUGUGGGCUGCUCUCGGAGUGUAUAUAUGUACAUUGGUCCGCCCGUCCCAUAUACCCCAUAGUGUCUAGCUAUGGCUUUCAUCUAGAUCUGAUCUAGUAUAUUGUACUGUUGGUGCUGUUAAUGAAGAAUCUCAUUCAAUUUAUUAAAAGUAUUCCUGCCAGUCAUUGGGUACUUCUUUAAGAGGCUACUUAUUCUCAUUGUGAAAUUAUAUUGUGUAUAGUAUUUUUAGCUUUAAAGUAAACCUGAAAGUUUUGAUACAACAUAUUUUAUGAUAAUCGAUAUUAAAAUUAUUUAAUAUUUAAUGAAGGUAUCUUUACAAUUUUAUAUGGUAACAAUACUCAUGUAGAAAGGCUCUAUUAUAUUACGUUGCUAGUUUGAUUUAAAAGCCAUUCCUAGCUUAAUUGAGUGCCCCAAAUAUUAUCCCCAACAAAAUUUGAAAAAAGUAAAUAAGUUUUUUGUUUUAAUUAUUUUAAAUAUGCUAUUUAAGACAAUUACGGUACACCUUUUAUCAAAGCCAUUUCCACUUUUUAUUUUAUCCCCACAAGUAUAGUUGUGUACUCUUGAAUGAUUCGGAAAUAUAAAUUGUUUUGUACUAAAGAAUAUAAACUAAGCAGGAUUUAUUUUGAGAAAAAAGUUUUCCUACAGAUUUGUGUUUACAACCAGUUACAUUGUACAAUUUAGUUAACUAAAUCAGAAAAUUUACAGGAUUUUAAGUCUCAUAUGUUUAUUUUUAUGGAGAAUUUUGAGAUAUUUUCUUGUAUUCUGCAAAUUGUAUACUGAUUCUAUUUAAAAAGUAGUCUGGAUUGGAAUUACAAAGAAAUAACUUUUUUAUAACCAUUUAAAGUAGUUCUAUCUGAGUCCAGUAUUAUAUACAGCACUGUUUCCAAUUUAAAAUGAUUUUCUGCCAAGUUCGUUAGAAAAAAAAAAAACGUAAAACCUGUAGGAUAAUGUUCACUAUUAAUUAUUUGAUUUAUUGGGAUUAUGUCUUGGUGAAUAUUCCCUUAGUAACAUAUUAUGAUCCAUGUGGUGUAAAAAGCCUAUUAUCUACUUUUCGUAAGAGUCUUUCCAAAUUUCUCUAAAACAUUUUAAAAAAUUGAAAAAAGGCUAUUUCUGAUAUAUCAUAUAUGAUGAAAAUUUUUGAGCCUACGAGAGAAAACUUUACAAAGUUCAAGGAACUAAUCAAUCCAAGCUCACCCAACUUUGUAAGUAAAUCAGGCAAAGUACAAAGUUUUAAUCGAUAGAAUUUCAUCUCACUGUGAUGUAUAUUAGCAAAUAUAAAAUGUCAGGAUACUUUAGUAUAGGCCUUAAACUUGUAAUCCAGAGAAUGUUGAUAUCCAUAUUUCUGAAUCUUUAUUUUAGUUUGUGUUCAGAACAUAAAAAAUAAAAUAAUAAUGACUCAUACCAGUUUGAACUUAACAUCUAAGUAUAUUACAAUUUAACAGACAUAAUCGUUACAGACAAAAUAUUAAAAUAGUUUAGCUAAUGUGACUUAUGAAAUAUAGAUCACUUACUUGAAAGUUAAUAAAUUAUGAAUAACAAGGGAGAAUUCCAUUGCUUUUAUUUUUAAUCCUUAAUAGAAAAAAAAUUGUGUUUCUUUAAAAUAUGUGGCCAAGCAAACUGAACUUUGCUGGUAUCCUGUAUUCAAUAUCCUUAGGAUAUAGGAUAGUUCUUAGGAGUUCAAAUUAUCAAAGAUAAGUUGAAUCCAUUCUUUCCCUGGAGCUUUUAGGGAAAUCGUACAAGUGAAUUUAAAUUUUGUUUGUGGCUAUCCAUUUAUCAUAUUAACAUUUACUUAAUUGCAGUCAUAUUGAUUGAAGUGGUUCUGUAAGGUGAUGCAAUUGGUUCUUGGUUUGGUUAAUGGAUCACAAUCCAUUAAGAUGGAAAAGAAGAAGAGAAUAGGUAAAACAGAGAAACAAUUUUUAUUACUCUACAAGGAAUAAUAGCCUUUAAAGCAAUAAAUGUUUUAGAUAAAUAUAACCAGGUCUAAGAAAGAACAAAAGAAUGAAUAAUAAGUAUAUGAAAUCUCUGUAACGUGUAUAUGCAUAAUGGUGGGAAUGACAUGUGAAUUAUAAUCUGUGAGAAUGACAGGGUUUGAAAUGAAACACUAUUAAAGGAAAUAAAAUACAGCAUUCCCCUCCUUCAUCUCUCAUAUACUCAUAUACUCUCAUUGUCAUUUAUAUCUUUUUCAUCAGCUGUUUUUCCAUAGGUCUCAUUUCAAGAUGGGUCAAAUUAUUAUAUUAAAUGGUUACCAUUCCAAAUGGAAUAAUAAAAAAUGUUAUAUAUUUUCUGUCUUCAGAGAAUCUUAAAGGAUUGUGAUAAAAAUGAUUACAUAAAUCAAAGCAAAUAAACUCAGUGGAAAACUGAUUACACCACCUUAAUCUUGUCACUUAAAGGGACUGUUCAUAUUAUUUGAUAUCUCAUCUUUGGCCAAACCUUCUCACUAAUGAUUAUCAUUUUAAAUUUUAAAAUGCAAAAUUUUAAAUUUUACAUUACUGUUGGUGGGAAUUUUGUAUACUGAAAUUAAAAGUUGCUCACUGAAUAAAACCAUUUUGUUAUAUUAUUAGUUGUGGUGUGUGUAUGUGUAAUGCACAAACUUCAAAAUGUUUCCCUAAUCCUUCAUUAUGUUUAAAAACGGUUUAAACAGGAACUAAUCCAGAUCUGUCCUUUUCCUACGUUUCAAGUCUUGGAACUUACUUAGCAGACAAGGAACAUUCCAGAUAUUUUUAAAUUGUGAUGCAAGCAAUCCCCGAAAUCAACAAAUUAUUACAAUUUUUACAUUUUAAAUACAGUUUAUUUCAAGAGUAAUAUUUUUUAAAGUUGUCAGUGGAAUGAACUUAUGUUCAAUUGCUGAACUAAGUAAUUAUUACGUUGAGUAACAACUUUUCUCUCUGUAAUUGAUUACCGUAUCCUUAAACCUUAAAUUGAAAUUUUCAUACAAUAUGAAAGGAACUAAUGAUAUUUUAAUACAAUUAUAUUUAUUUAGUUAUCAACAAACGAUGUGGUUUAAAGUUUUAAAAACAUGUUUAUGUCUUUUGUCAUAUAAAACUUCUUGGCUAUUUUAGGUUGGAAUUGUUUUUGUUCAAUAAGUCGUAUUCACAAACAUAACUUUUAUUACAAUAUUUAAAACAUAUUUAUUAUUUAAUUAACAUCAGUAAUUAUUAAUACAGUGUACAAGUAAAUUGCAAAAAUACUUGUAAAAUGAAAGCAGGGUUAUUACAAACUGGGACGUUCUUCGUUGAUGGUUGAACCUAUUUUGUACCAUGUAUAGCAGUCAUUAUAUAUAUCUAACAAGUCAAUUAUUAUUGUAGUACUAAAUAAGCAUAAACGAGUGUAGUGUCUCUCUUCUUGUACAUUUUUAUUUAGUUAUAUCCUGUAUUAUAGAUUAGGAUUAGUUUUGUACAUAGGUGAUAGUCUAAAUUUAGCUCUCUGUUGUCAAACUGGUACUAUGUUGAAUAUUGACCGAUGGACAAUUUUUAUAGAUAAGUACAAAUUGUUAUCUUGUGAUUAUUGUUAUUAGCUUUUUUAGAACUAAGAUAAAAACAGUUCUUUAUUACAAUAUUAAGAAAGAUGGAA